AUGGAGCCUAAGCAAAAGAAGCCACGGUCUUUGACCAAGCAAGACUCCGCUGAGCCUGGUCUCAUGAUAGCGGCCUCGCGCCGGGUGGUGUUAGCAGCUGACAUCGUCGAUGGCACCAUGCUCCACGCGUUGGCCCUCGAGAACUUGCAGCAGUUCAAGUCCAUGCAUCCCGACAGCCCUUUGUGCUGCGGACAAGCGGCAAGUCAGCCUGAAGCGCUGGAGCUGUCGUGGGCGUCAGCCUGCUCCGGCUCAGAGGGCGCGUUCUACGUGAUGGAGGCCAUGAACGCAGCCUACAAGCGCAUGUCCGUGCCAGUUUCGCUGGAGCACGUUUUCAGCUGCGAACGUGCGCCCGAGAAGCAGAAGUGGAUCCAGGCCUUGUUGGCAGUGGGCCCAUUGCGCGACAUCGACUCUGACGACUGGCCUCCUGCAAUCGACCACGAGAGCUUCGGUCACGUUGAACAUGGCGGCAUUGGCUUUGGCCAUUGCGUGUUUCAGGACAUCACGGAGUUGAAGGGGCUUGAGGCCGCGUGCUGCAAACAUAACAGGUCAUGCGACGUUCCUUCAGUCGACAUUUUGGUGGUUGGGACCUCUUGCAAGGAUCUGAGUAGGCUGAACCAUACUGCGGACGGCGCAGGCGCCGGCAGUAGGACAAGCAAGCAGGUCCUCGCGCAGGCUUCAAGCCGGGGCGGCUCAGCGCAGACCUUCGCUGGCCUUCUCGGCUAUGUUGAGAGUCAUCGCCCGCUCUGCGUGCUCUACGAAAACGUUGAUGCCAUCAACGACCAAGCUGGUGCAUGCGAGGACAAUAACCUCAAGAUACUGCUGGGCAAGUUCCACGCUUUGGGAUACGAGGCGCAGCCAGUCAUGACUGACGCGUGCGAGUUUGGGCUGCCUGUUCAUCGCCACAGAGUGUACAUAUUGCUCGUGAACAAACGCAGUCCCAAGCUCGACUUGCUCAGCAGGCCACUUGAUAUCGUCAUGCAAAAGUUUCGCCAGCUUGUCAGCAGUUGCGCUCGCUCACCGCCUUGUCUCUCCAAGGUGUUGCUAGACGACGAUCAUGAGGCAGUUGAAAAGAGUUAUGAAGAGCGGCUGGCGCGCGCGCAGAAAAGCCAGGCCAAGAAGAGCCCUUCUACAAAGACAGUCAACUGGGUCAACCAGCACAUGAAACACGCAGACUCCCUGGGAGUACGGUGGGCCUCGGCGCCGGGUGAGGCGCUGCAAGGGAACAAAUGGUUCCAGCUGCUCACAGAGCGGGAAGCCGACGCGUUGAAGCUUUCAGAGGUGGAAGCGCCUAGCGCGGGUUUCAGGAACCUUGCUCAGAGCAUCGGCCGCAACAACUUUGUCACCAGGCAGGAAGAUGGCACGCACCUUGGCCCUACCAUGCUACCAGGGCAACUGAUGUGGACAAACCUGACACAACCUCAGCCGCGCUUGCUCAGCGGAUUCGAGGCCAUGAUGCUGCAGGGCUUUCCGAUCGGCCCGUGCUUGAUGAGAAUGAAUGAGGAAGGCUACCUCGUGACAGCAGAGGCCGCGACAGCCAAGCAAAAGGAGUUUCCCACCGAUUCUUUGCUCCAAGACCUCGCGGGAAACGCAAUGGCGUUGCCAGUGGUCCUGAGCAUGAUGCAAGCCGCUUUGUCAGCCUUGUGGCUGCAGCCAGCGCAGCAGGAGUCCAACGCUAUGGCUGUUGAAACGGCCUUAGGCGCCAUGUUCCUGCUGUCAUCAGGGGGCCUCGGGCCGGGAGACUCGCAGGCUGCGGAAGACGACGAUGAAGACUUCUGA